AUGGACCAAUUUAUCUACAAGUUACAGUUGGAGAACAAACGCAAGGAAAAAGAGCGUAUUGAGGCUCAUAAGAAGUUAAACAAGAAAGAAGAAGAAAUUUCCGCUUUAACGGCCAAACUUGCGCUCAUUGAAGGAAGAGGAAAGGAGGAGAUAUCUGAGGAGGAGAUUAAUUCGAAGGUAAAUGAGCAGACUCUGAUGCUGAAAAGAGAACUGGAGAGAAAGAUACAAGAGUGUCAGAAGAUGGCCAAUGAAUUUGUCGAGAUGGAGAGGAGGAAAAUGGAAGAAAGGAUGUUGCAACAGCAACGGGAGGAGAAAUACUUAAACAGCAUUUAG